AUGCUUAUAUUUCUAUUGAUUAUUGUAAUUAGUAAUGCAACAGAAAGUAUUACCAAUAAAGAAGUAAUUCAUACACAAAUACAAUCAAAACAACAUAAAAUAAUGUACAAUUUAUAUAAAGCAGAAUUAAAAGGUGAAGUAACAACACAAAUAACCGAUGAAGUACCAAAAAGUUCCCAACCAACAGUUCAAAAAGAACAAAGGAGUGAAGAAGAUACAAACACAAAAGAAGUUGGAAGUACAUUAAAUCCAAAGAAUAACCCAGAAGACAGUGAAACAGGUAAAUCACUAAAUACAAAUACAGAAAACAAAGUAGAUAAAGGUGUUAAUGAACCAGCAAAAGGAGGUGAAGUCAAAACAGAAAAUAAUGCAGAAACAGAAACAAAUAAGCAAAGUGAAACAACUGAUAAAGGAUUAAAUCCAGAAAGUAGUACAACAGGACAAGAAGAAACAACACCAAAACAAACUAACGCAGGAAGUACAGGAAAAGGAGAAGAUCCAGUACCAAAAAGUGAAGGGGAAGUACCUUCUACAAAACCAGGAAGUAGUGAUAGUGAAAAAGGACAAGAAAGUAACAAAAAUGGACAAGGAGACAGUGGUGUAAACGAACAAGGAAAAGAAGGAAGUGGUACUGGUGCAGAAAGUAAAGAAAAAGGAGAAAUAAAUGACAAAGGAAAAGAAGAAAAAGCAACUAAUGAAAAAGAUGGUGGAAAUACGAAAGAUAAAGAAGGAAAAGAACAAGGAAAUAGUGUGACUGACGAUGGACAUAGUAAUAAAAAUGGUGAAAGUAACAAAGAAAAAGAUGGAAAUAGUGGAGAAACUGGGCAAAAAGAAGAGUCUGGAAAAAAUGGAGUUGCUGGACAAGAUGAAAAAAAUGGAAGUAAUAAAACCAAAGAAGAAAAACAAGACAGCAAAAAUAAUGACAAGAAUGACGAUAAGAAAAAAGCAGAAGAUGAAAAAAGCAAUGAACAAAAAGAUGGAAAUCAAGAAACAGAUAAUGGAAAUAAAAUAACAAGUAGUUCAGAUAGUUCUGAUAAUAAAUCAGAUGAUGAUAUAAAUAAUCAUAAAAAUCUUGAUGGCGCAACAUCUUCAUUUCUUAUUCUUUGUAUUAUCAUCACCUUUUUAUUCUUCUAA